AUGAAGCUCCGAAUCAAGCACCCGUUUCACGCCUCUGGUGCAAGGCGUGUCCACUACAAGGUGUGUCCACUACAAGGCGUGUCCACUACAUGUCCACUACAUGUCCACUACAAGGCAUGUCCACUACAUGUCCACUACAUGUCCACUACAAGGUGUGUCCACUACAUGUCCACUACAAGGCAUGUCCAUUGCAAGGUGUGUCCACUACAAGGUGUGUCCACUACAAGGCGUGUCCACUACAAGGUGCGUCCAUUACAAAGCGUGUCCACUACAAGGUGUGUCCACUACAAGGCGUGUCCACUACAAGGCGUGUCCACUACAAGACGUGUCCACUACAAGGCGUGUCCACUACAAGGCGUGUCCACUACAUGGUGUGUCCACUACAAGGCGUGUCCACUACAAGGUGUGUCCACUACAAGGUGUGUCCACUACAAGACGUGUCCACUACAAGGUGUGUCCACUACAAGGCGUGUCCACUACAAGACGUGUCCACUACAAGGCGUGUCCACUACAAGGCGUGUCCACUACAAGGUGUGUCCACUACAUGUCCACUACAAGGCGUGUCCACUACAAGACGUGUCCACUACAUGGUGUGUCCACUACAAGGCGUGUCCACUACAAGGUGUGUCCACUACAUGUCCACUACAAGGUGUGUCCACUACAAGGCGUGUCCACUACAAGGCGUGUCCACUACAUGUCCACUACAAGGUGUGUCCACUACAAGACGUGUCCACUACAAGGCGUGUCCACUACAAGGUGUGUCCACUACAAGGUGUGUCCACUACAAGGUGUGUCCACUACAAGGUGUGUCCACUACAAGGCGUGUCCACUACAUGUCCACUACAAGGUGUGUCCACUACAAGACGUGUCCACUACAAGGCGUGUCCACUACAAGGCGUGUCCACUACAAGGUGUGUCCACUACAUGUCCACUACAAGGUGUGUCCACUACAAGGUGUGUCCACUACAUGUCCACUACAAGGUGUGUCCACUACAAGAUGUGUCCACUACAAGGCUUGUCCACUACAAGGUGUGUCCACUACAAGAUGUGUCCACUACAAGGCGUGUCCACUACAAGGUGUGUCCACUACAAGAUGUGUCCACUACAAGGCUUGUCCACUACAAGGCAUGUCCACUACAAGGUGUGUCCACUACAAGGCUUGUCCACUACAAGGCAUGUCCACUACAAGGCGUGUCCACUACAAGGCGUGUCCACUACAAGGCAUGUCCACUACAUGGCGUGUCCACUACAAGGCGUGUCCACUACAAGGUGUGUCCACUACAUGUCCACUACAAGAUGUGUCCACUACAAGGCUUGUCCACUACAAGGUGUGUCCACUACAUGUCCACUACAAGAUGUGUCCACUACAAGGCUUGUCCACUACAAGGUGUGUCCACUACAUGGUGUGUCCACUACAAGGCGUGUCCACUACAAGGCGUGUCCACUACAAGGUGUGUCCACUACAAGGCGUGUCCACUACAAGGUGUGUCCACUACAAGGUGUGUCCACUACAUGUCCACUACAAGAUGUGUCCACUACAAGGUGUGUCCACUACAAGGUGUGUCCACUACAAGGCGUGUCCACUACAAGGCGUGUCCACUACAAGGCGUGUCCACUACAAGGUGUGUCCACUACAUGGCGUGUCCACUACAAGGCGUGUCCACUACAAGGUGUGUCCACUACAAGGUGUGUCCACUACAUGGCGUGUCCACUACAAGGCGUGUCCACUACAAGGUGUGUCCACUACAAGGUGUGUCCACUACAAGGCUUGUCCACUACAAGGCAUGUCCACUACAAGGGGUGUCCACUACAAGGCGUGUCCACUACAAGGGGUGUCCACUACAAGGCGUGUCCACUACAAGGUGUGUCCACUACAUGGCGUGUCCACUACAAGGUGCGUCCACUACAAGGCGUGUCCACUACAAGGCUGGCCCAAGGCACCUCAAUGAGUGUAACUCCAGCCUCAAUCCUCCAUGUAGACGGAAAUGCAAGUGCACCGAGGUCAGUGGACCCAGCAGGUGA